AUGAUACCCACUGCGGCCACGACGAACCACUUGUUGCCGCAGACAGUGGCCGACAUUCCGCCCCAAGUGUACGCUCCGCCACCGGCGCCAGGAAGCGCUGCGGCGGCCACACGAGCAGACGCCGAGUGCGGCCAUUGCCGCAAGACUCUGUUUGCCAAGGACGUUGUCAAGCAAACGUCGUGCGGCCACUUGUUCCACGCACGUUGCAUCGACAAGUGCUUGCAGAAGGCGCUGUGCUGUCCCCUGUGCCGCGUGCAAGUGCUGUUCCCGACUGUGGUCGCGGGGUCGGUCUACCCGGCAGCGCACUUACCUCCGCGCGCGGUGCCCAUCGCAACGGCGUUCGCACCCGCAACAGGCACUGACCCACGCGAGUACGGCACGUGCCGCGAGUGCGGCCAACUGUUCCAUCGCGAUCCGACCAAAGUGCGGCCCGAGACCAACGGGUGGUACCGCUGCCAGCGCUGCGCCCCCACGGACAUUGUCGACUUUAUCCGGGGCAGUUUCUGCGUGCUGCAGUGA